CAGAACAGAGCCCAAGCGUCGCUCCGCAGCCUCCGCUCCUGCGACUGCGAGCACCGAAGCACACACCCUUCUGGAAAAGGGAUAGCCGAUGGCGGAAGCUUCUAGAACCUCCGAGGCGCGCCGCGACGCCGUGUUCGGCCGCUGGGUCGUCUUCUCGCCGGCGCGCUCGCGGCGCCCCACUGACCUCAAGUCGCACGCUCCCACGAACCCUAGCCCCGGCGACGGCGACGCACCCAGGCCGUCCUGCCCCUUCUGCCUCGGCCGCGAGCCCGAGUGCGCGCCUGAGAUAUUCCGCGUGCCGGCGCCGGAUACGCCCGGCGAGGCGCCGUCGCCGUGGCGGAUCCGCGUGAUCGAGAACCUGUUCCCGGCGCUGCGGCGCGAUGCGGAGCCGCCGGCACCGGAGGAGGAGCCCGCUGACGUUGGGGAGUGCGCCGUGCGGGGGUUCGGGUUCCACGACGUGGUCAUCGAGACCCCGCGCCACGACGUGCGGCUAUGGGACCUGGACGCCGAGGGGGUCCGCGACGUCCUGCUCGCGUACGCGCGCCGCGUGCAGCAGCUGUCGGAGCACCGAGCGGUGAAGUAUGUUCAGGUGUUUAAGAAUCAUGGGGCGUCUGCUGGAGCUUCAAUGGCACACUCACACAGCCAGAUGUUGGGUACUCCUUUUGUCCCUCCAUCUGUUACCUCCCGGCUGAACUGCAUGAAGGAGGUUUUUGAGAGGACCGGGAAAUGCAGUCUUUGUGAGAUUCAGUCGAAGGAUAGUUUGGUCAGUGAGACACCCAAUUUUCUUGCAAUUGUUCCUUUUGGAGCAUCUUAUCCUUUUGAGAUGUGGAUUAUUCCUCGGCAACAUGGCUCCUAUUUCCACGAGAUAGAUCAGGAUAAGGCAUUGGACCUUGGGUCUCUGUUAAAGAGCAUGCUGCAGAAGUUGUGUAAGCAACUCAACGAUCCGCCAUUCAACUAUAUGGUCCACAGUGCACCAUUCGGAAUCGCCUCAUCCUGUCUACCAUACACACACUGGUUUCUCCAGAUAGUGCCACAGUUGAGUGUAAUCGGUGGAUUUGAGAUGGGGAGCGGGUGCUACAUCAACCCAGUUUUCCCUGAAGACGCUGCAAAGAUCCUGAGGGAAAUCGACUGCUCAAUAUAGUUGGGUAGUUGGAUCUGAUUGUUUCUUUGGUCACGUUAGGAACAAAGGGUGUGUUGUUCCUCUAAAGAAGUAUCAUGCUGCUAAUAAUCCAAGUGGACAGCUAACAUGAUGUAUUGAUUUUUACUACCAAGAAUCUGAUCAAACUCAGAAACUCUAACCUUCACGGAAGGUUUGCUGUUGACGAUUUUCAUCUCCAUCAUCAGAAAGGGUGGUUUCACAUAUCAGUCACUUGUAUGCCUUUGAGUGUCCAUUUUCCUUGUUGAUAUAGUGAGUUGCAUGUACGAUGACUUGUAAUACGGAGUAUUUGCUAAAAACAUGUACCCUGAUCAAUAUAGUUUUUGCCUUUGAGGCUCAUAUGAUGUUGGAUUUUAAUAAUAUGAUGGCUGGGUGCAUCAA